AUGCAAGAGCAUUUACUGUGGAGCAAUGGUGCUUACGUGUAUUUCAAGGCCCAUCUUUUGACCCCCGACCAGAGAAUAGAAAAAGGAAGCUUCUUCCGCGAGGCAAAAUGCCGGGGAAGCACAGCGAGCGCGGAGGGGACGCGUCUGGCCCUCCCGCUCCCGAUGCAGCACUCACUCUACCCACCACGAGCUACCACCAGUGAGCUCGCACUGGGCAGCAGUCCCAGCCAGGCUGCUGGGACAAUGGAUUCAUACAUUCUCGUGGUGUCCGGUGUUAAUCCUCGUGGAGGAGACCAAAUUGAAUCCGCCGUGGUUGUGCGGUUCGGCCCGGUGCGGGAAGCGACCGCACAACCACACCUGAAGCUGCAUACGGUCUGGGAUCGCAUCGUGCAAGAUGCGGCGAGGCGGUAG